AUGGCUUCUAAUAACUCUACAAGUCAGUUAGCGGCGUUGGCAGCGUUCAAUGCAACUAAUAAUAAAAAAAAGGAAGAGCCGCAACCUAGCAGAUCCAGAGUACCAUUAAAAGUUGACACUACAGCACCAUCUCAAACACAAAAAAAGGCAUUAGACUCGGCUACGAGGGCGAAAUCUAGUAACCAGAUAGCUCAUGUUCAAACAGAUAAAAGUAAGGGUCAUCCAUUAGAUAGAAAUGACCUAAAAACAACACCCACGAACCCAAAUGUAACGAAUACUUUCAAAGCGCCAAAAACACCAAGAACACCUCAAAUUAGUAGGUCUGUCGAGACGCCUAAUUCCGUAGGUGCAAUAAAGAGAAUGUCUACGUAUAGCAAUUCGUUUGCAGCUGAAAGUCUGGAAAACGAUCCACCUAGAAAUGAUUAUUUUGGCCAGCCUCUAUCUACCCUUGAAAAUCCUGAAAGACGCAAGACCAUUUCACAGCAAUCAUUGAACUAUGAUCCCCAAGACAUGAUAAGAAAUGUAAAAAAUUCUAUUGGCUCAAAAUACAUAUCCAAUGAUUUAUCGCCGGGUCAAGUCAAUGUUAAGAGGUUAUCGACCGGAACUCAGCCUAAAGAUAUGUUAGACCUGGUAAGAAACUCGAUAAAUUCGAAAGCUAAGAGCAACUCUAAGAGUCAGGAGAUGUCACAGAGGAAUGCUCUUUUAUUGAGCGGAAUAAGAGAUAGUAUUGAUUCGAAAAGAAUAUCAAGCCAUCAUGAUAAUAGCACAGUAUCAUUGCCUCUAGCCGAAGAGAGGGAUAAAAUCAUAAAUUUGAUAUCUAAGAGUAACAAUCCAGAAGAACAAUUGCUACUAUACGGUAAACCAAUAUACAAUUACUCUUCCUCUUCAUUUGGUUCAUCGUUUCUGGAACACGACAAUGACCAAUUGCGUACUCCAGUGAUUGUCAGAACUGAUAUGGAUCUUCCUGAUCCUGAGGGUAAUGCUUCAAUACAAUACGAUGAACGUGAAAAUUAUUCCCAUGGAGAGGACGACAUUGAAUAUAAUGAUACUUCUGAUACUAAGAUAGAAGAGAAAGAAGUUUCACCCAUUAAUAUCCCAUUAUCACUGCAUGCUUGCGCUAGAUUAGGUAUUGGAAAUAAUGAAACUUCAAAUACUUUUAUGAAUCUAAAGAUUCAAACUCCUGAUAAAGAUGAUUCAUCUAAACUUAAACCUAAAAGAAAGCCUCCUCCAGAUAUGGAUGCCGAAUAUGCAUCUCCAACAUUUACAGAACAAAGCGAUGAUUAUCAGACUGAUGGAGAUGACCAGUUUUCUGAUACUUCUAGUAAUCAGAUACGAAGAAGAAGUAUGCAAUAUAACGAUUAUAGUAGAUUUUCUGAUACGUCUAGCAGAUCACAAAUUAAGAUAAAUGAUGAUAGUGACUAUUCAUAUUUUGAUGAGAGUGAUUUGAGUGGAUCUGAGACUCCAAGUAUGGAGAAAUUAGACAAUGAUAAAUUGAUUGGAGAUGACAAGCUUCCGAUUUUUCCAGAUAUCAAGGCGAAAUCCAGGAAACUUUUUAGACAUAAAAAAUCUAAACCCAUUUAUUAUCUGGAUGACCCUGAUACAUCAAAAUCUGAUCUACAAUCGGCUACUGAGGAGCUUAAAAAUAUAGCAAUUCCUUCAAGAACAUCAACUCCUGUUAUGGGCCACCAGCCACAACCGGUUCAAUUAAAGGCAACAAUGAGGACAAGUAAAAAGAGAGAAAAGAAAUACUCUUUCAAUGAAAAUAAACCGUGGAAAAACCACAACGAGUUAUCAUUUAUCACAGAGCUGGAAAGAAAGAGAUACGAAGGUCUAUGGACGAGUAACAAAGGAUUGUAUGUCAAUUCUGCAGUUACUAGAUUCAUAGGUGUGGAUUAUAAUGGUAAACCUGAUAUCGAGCAGCAAAUCGAAAACCAAGAUCCAUCUACCGCGGCAGCUUUGUUAUCAUCCAGAGCUACAAACGAGGAUAAUCCUACUACCGUCCAUCAAAAUUUCCACAAUUUAUUAUCGGCAGAAACAUCCCAAUUAAUUCAUGGAGUUGUGGUAAGAAGAAUUUGGAAAAGAAGCAGAUUACCUAAACAGACUCUUGAAGCUAUCUGGGAUUUGGUUGAUUUUAGGAAAGAUGGGACAUUGAACAGGCCAGAAUUCCUAGUAGGAAUGUGGUUAGUAGAUCAAUGUCUUUAUGGUAGGAAAUUGCCAAAAAAGGUGGAUAACACAGUAUGGAAUAGUCUUGGGAACGUUGGAUUAAAUGUGGUAUUGAAGAAGAAAGGAAGACGAUAA